AGCGGUAGUUUCGUUGCUGAGUUGCAUUAUGUAAACAGAAUUGGUCAAAGGAGUAUGAUAACCUGAAACUUAAUAUUUAUAAACUGAAGAAGGGAUGAAGAACAAAAGAUUAAAACCCACUAAGUCUGCAGGGAAAAGAAAGAAAGUUAUCAGUGAUGUGUCCCCUUCGACAAGCCUUCCUCCUCUCGUGGAGGGUCAUGUGCGAUGUUUCCUCAGAGUCACGGUAAGCAGAGUGCUGUGGACCGUAGCUAAACCACCACCACUGACCCUGAUCCGAUUACGAUGGUGGGGUGAGACAACCAGUGGCACUGUGUUUUGUCCACGAGAUGGAUCCCUAGAUAGGGAAAAAGAUGUGAAAUCCACAACAAGAUUUCCAGUUCGUUGUGGCCCAAAGCAGUUUACUUCAUAUCUAACAGAUAUGGGCUCACUGGUGAUGGAUGUGCUUACAAAGCCUGAUCACUUACCCAUAGCACGAGUUCAAAUACCAGGGAUUGCUAAAUUGUCUCUAUCUCAUUCUAUUAAUGGAUCUUUUACACUUGUGUCUCCAAUGUCUGAAAAACUUGGUGAGCUACAGGCCACACUGGUAUUAGAGCCACUGACUGAAACCUAUGAAAGCAGUAGCUCAGUACCAACUGUAGACAUGAGCAAUGGCACAGCAGCUUCUACUCUGGGACUCAUAUCGGACCAAAACAUGCUGCUUCCACCUCCAUCAAAAAUCAGUGGAAAUGAGUCUGAGCCUGGGGACAGUUCCAGAAGCACACCGAUAGGAAAGGACCACCUAUACUUUCAAGAGGGAAAACCACAUUCUACUCGAUUUAAUGCUGAAGCAGGAGCUUCAGUAAAAGGAAUAUUGCAGGAGAAAAUUGAUAAGCCAGAUGCACAUCUUCCCUCAGCAUCAGUGGACCUGCUUUCUGUUCUUCUUGAGCGUGGUAGCAAGCUUAGAAAUGCCAUGGUGGUUUCUGCUUUGCAGUCUGAUAUUGAUUCUAACAUGGGCCUAAAGGAAACACCCCUGCACUUACCACCAGAUAACCCUGGAGCUCGUCCUUUACUGCCCCAAAUUCUAUCAUCAGCGCAGUCGAUGCAUGAUACCCUCCACUCAGAUAUUCAGAACUUGUCUCAGGACCAUGAACUCCUCAGACCAGACACACAUGCCACAGCUGUGGAUCACCUUCUGGGAAGUGUUCAUGGAUCUGUUCUUGCCUUGUGGGAUGGAGAAGGUUCUUUUCCAGGCUCUCUCUCUGGUUGCAGCAGUGUACUUAUGGACAGUGAGAUCAGUGAUCCCCAAUUUGACCAGAGUCUACUGGAGAAUCUGUUCUACAAGGCUUCAGUAAAUGAUGACUGUUUGGGUGCAGAAGAUGAAGAGCAUGAGCAACAAAAAACCUUAGAAACAAAUGCCAGGCUAGAUUUGGAUGUCAUGCAACCCAGAGGACAAAAGAAUUUAUUUCCUGGGCUAAGUGUGGAUAGGAUUUCACUUCUUGGAAGCAUCAAUGUAGCUAGAGUUAUAGUCAUUCAGUUAUCAAUCCCCAUGGACAAUACCUCAAAUAUGUUAAAGAAACACCCAGGGAAAGGAAGACCACCACUACCUCUUGUACCUAAAAAAUGCUCAUAUUUUGUUGAAUAUCUCUUUCCAUUAUCAUCUGCUAAUACUGAUAAUGGGAAAGCACUUCCUGUAGAGGUCACACGUGUAGUCUCCAAUAAAGUUGUGGGUGGAGUGGUAAAAUUUCAGCACCGGAGUGUGUUUUCAGUGCACUUCAGUGGCCCUAAUAUCAAACAAUGGUGGGACACAAACUUAAGCUUUACAAUCUACUUGAGGAAGAGUCAACAAAAGAAACCUGUUCCAAUAGGAACAGCUCUAUUUCCCCUACGCACAUUGCUUCAGAGUGAACGAUUGAGUGUCACCACUUCACUUCCUGUCCAAAGACUUGACGGAGACUUCACCAGUCAGGGCAUUGGGCCUCUUAAGGUCUCAUUUGAACUAGCUGCAAACAAGAAAGAUCUUGCUUCCAAUAGCAGGUUAGGGAAAACACCAGCAAGUGCACGCACAUCUCCCUUGAAAGCAGACAUCUCUAUUGGACAAUCGGAUGAUGGAGACACUUCAGAUUUUUUGCAAGUUAAUAAGAGUGCUCACAAGAGAGUCACUACAUCCAUGCCAAUUCCUUCAUCCUCGAACAUCCUAAUGCCAGAGCUCAAGUCUGUUUCACCACAGAGAACCCAAAACUUUCUUCAUGAUCCCGCUCAAUGCACAGAGAUGGAAGAGAGUGAUAUUUUGUUCCACACCUUGCUCAUGGUGCCUGAUGGGAAAGAUUUCAAGUGUGCACCUUUUCAACCAAAUGUCUACUUAAACUGUAAACUCUUUGGAUCUGAAGAGACGACUCGGUCUGUGGUCAGCUGGGGUCAGACGCACCCAGCAUUUAGCUUGAUUCAAGUGGCACCGGUGCCUCUCACAUCCAAACUACUCGAGAGGAUGAGGAAUAAUGUGAUGGUCAUAGAGGUUUGGCUCAGAGCAAGUUCUACAAAUAAUGAUAAACUUCUCGGGCUGGUCAAACUCCCUCUACACCAAUUUUAUAUGUCAUUCAGAGACCCCAAGGUUUGCCAGUUGCUUCUGCGGGCACAGUAUCCAGUGGUGGCAGUGGACAGUUAUAUGCCUGUAGUGGACAUUUUUAGUGGUGGAACACGUGGAAGCCUGAGGGUGUUUUUGGCCAUGGGGACGUCACAGCAGAUCAGUGCUCUACAGCGUAUGAGAGAGGAAGAACUGAGUCCUGUGUCUCAGCAGUCCAGACCAGUCCACUUGCUAGACCACAGACCCACAGAAGAUGUAAAGGUAAACGUUCCUUCCUCUGCUGAGGUUAAAGAUGAACAUGUGUUUUUAGUGCGGAUUGAGAGAGUAAAAGGAUUAACUCCACUGCAGUCUACUGUCUGGGGAGAAGCCGAUUGUUAUAUUCAGUACUCAUUUCCCCAUCAAGAAGAGGACUGGCAGGACGUCGACCCAAAUAUUGUGGAAAGCAAUGUGGAUUUGAAGUCUUACCGUACUGCUACUACACUGUGUAUGCCUGAUCCCGCUUUUGGUCACUGUGAGACGCACAUUCUCGUGGCACCUACUGGUGUUCCAGUGCAGAGACUCUUGCUCAGCUCUCUGGCCGGUCAGGGAUUCAGCAAUGGAGGAGGAAUCCAGUUUGAAGUAUGGUGCAGGUAUUAUUACCCAAAUGUUCGUGAGCAACUGGUAGCCAAAGGACUGCUGCCCAUGGCCAAGCUGUGUGCCAUGGUGACAAUGCAGAAGCAAGGCCAAACUGAAGCACAGCACUUCUGUCUUCCACUUGUCCCACAGUCUGACAAGCCAUCUGAUGUCCAGACACAGCCUUCAGGUUUGCUUGAUGUGAGUGUUCAGUACAAGACCCGGCAGAUGAGAAGUAAUAGUUUAAAGGGUGAUAUUGUGCCUUCACGUGUGGUGAAUCUGGUUGUGCAGGUGCACAGAGCCACUGGCCUGCAGGCCGCAGCACGGGCCAUUGGAUUGCAGUACUACUCAGAAGUCGGAGUUAAUGCCUUCAUCACUUUGCAGCUCUCAUUCCUGCCGGAGAAGGAGAGCAGGAGUACACGUGUAGCAGCCAGGAGCUUUUGCCCAGAGUUUAAGCACCACUCUGAGAUCUGCUGUCAGCUGCUUGUACAGAGGGACAGUGGAGAGAGUGUGAGUCUAGCUGAGGUGCUACAAGAUGCUUUGGCCAUUUUCACAGUUUAUAAUAAAGAUACACGGAAAGUGAUGAAUGCAUCAAGUUCUGAAGACAGCAUUUUGGGAUCAGUGAAAAUUCGGCUAGGUGAACUCCUUUAUAAAAGAACAGGUAUAUCAGGCUGGUAUGGUCUGUCCCUCCCUCCAAGUGCGUCUUCACAUCACAGCCUAACCUCAGUCGGAGGACUUGAGCUCUCUAUCAACUUCAGUCAUCGCACAGACCGGGAGCGUGUCCUCAGUUCAGCACGGCUCUUGGGUUGGGAAAUCGAGAGAGACAGCGAGGAAGAUGGGGAGGAUGAAGAGAAAGGGGGCACUUUAGAAAAAGUCUGCACUAUGACAUUUUCUAUUAUUAUGCCAAGAGCCUGGCUACCUGUCCAUUUUUUGUUACUCCCAGGUCACACAGCUCAGAGAUCUACCUAUUGUUACUAUAGAUACAAACUGUAUGAUCAGGAGGCCUUCUGCUCUGAGCUAAGACAUCCAGCAUUGGAAGAUGGUGAAGAGAGUGAGGGCAUGGCUACAGUGAAAUUCACAGGCACAAAAACUAUAGAGCUGAGAGGGGGCCAGCCACUGCUUUGGUACCUGAGAGAGGAGAGGCUAGAAAUGCAACUCUGGGUAUCCUUUGGUAAAGAGAAGCGAAUGCGCCCUCACAAGUUGGAUCGCCUGGUGGGGUCUGCCUUUAUAGAGCUUUCAGCCCUCACAACAACUUCAAAGCACAAGCAGACAAUCAGUGGUGUUUAUUCUCUUUUUAAGCCUUCGGCUGCUGACCUGGGUGGAGCUGCUGUUAGAGCACACAUCACUGUGACAGCAGGAUCCAUUACUCACAAAUGCUCGGCCCCACCAUUUAUGGAGGAGGAGAUUCAGCUGAGCAGUUCAGGAGAGGAAGAGGAGAAUAGAAGACACUCAUCACUACAAUUUCCCACUCCAGACAUCCAGUCGAGUCAGUGUGGUCUGUCUAAUAGACAACAAAAUAAAUCAGGGCUGAACUCUUCUGUGAUCACCAAUGACAACAUCUUUACUGCAAUUGUCAGCGUAGAGCGAGCGAUGCACCUUAGUUUGAAAGCUGAAAGGAGCAACAGCCUCCCAAGCUGCUGGGUGUCUUAUGUAACAGCUGAUGAACCUGCUACAGUGAGCACAGAUGCAGUACAGGACAGUGAGUGCCCUGUGUGGGAUCAUCAGCAUGAGUGCAGGCUGUCAAAGGAGUUGCUUCUAGAUCCACAGCAGUGUCUGGUGUUCAAAGUCUGGAACAAAGGAGAAAUAGAGCGUGUGAUAGGCUUUGCCUCAGUGGACCUGUCCCCUCUUCUGUCUGGGUUUCAGUCUGUGUGUGGCUGGUACAACAUUACAGACCUAAGUGGACAGUGUCAAGGCCAGAUCAAAGUGUCUGUAUCUCCUCUAAAGAGUGUUCAGGAGCUCCGUGCCCAGAGACAAGCUGUCUGUGAGAACACAGAAUCCAGUCAUCUCUUCAGGGCCAUGCCACUAUGCUAUCAAACCAGAGCUGUGUACAACAGUUUUCCCAGUCACAUCAGCCGUUUCCCUGAGCAGAGGAUCAGCACUCCUGAACAGGAGGAACGAAGGCUUUUUACAAGGUCUAGCCUGGUUGAUCAUCAUGAUGAGCACAUGAACAAUGUUCGCCAGUUCCAUACGACGCUGCAGGAGAAGGAGAGUUCCAUGCUGAAUAACUGUGCUGCAGACAUGCAUCCCUCCAGCUCUGCACUCUUUUCAGCCCUCAGGAAAAAUCUCAGUGAGCUGGACGAUAUCCGAAUGUACUUCAGCUGCAAGUUGUCCACGCCUGUGUUCUCUGUACUGGGAGAGCAGAGUCAAAAAGCUGUGAACAGAGAAGUGCACAGGGAUACAGAAAUAGAUACACAACAGCUUCUGCUCAAAUCCAACCAACUUGUCGGGGAGGUCAACAACAUCAUUAAAAAUCUAAAUGAACACGAAAACAAAGAAUCCUCCAUAAACACACAAAGGAAUCCUUCCACACCAGCCGAGUCUGAAGUGUGUCGUUUUUCAAAUGUGGAAUGUUCAACACUAACAGGGUCAGAGAACUGUGAGGCAGAGAACUUCAAUAAAAAAGCCUCAGAAGCAAAGCUAGAGGACAUCUCACCCCUCAGUCCUCUUAAUGAAGCUAAUCAUACGAAUGAGAAACUUCACCAGGACUUUCUCUUGAGUGAGGAUGGGGAGAAAGGAGAAGAAGAUGUGGAUGAAGAAGAUAACGACGAGUUUGAGGAGACACUGAUAGAGCCUCGGCCGCUCAAUGACAUCACUUCAGCCACAGACAGGACGAGCCCCUGGACUACCGUGCUGUCUGAAACUGAUCUUGGCUCUUCAGAGAGUUUUGAGGCAAGGGAUCAGCCUGAAGAUGGCAUACACCAAAAAAAUAGAGACCCUUCAGUAUCUCCACCGGGUACUAUCCAUAAACCACAGAGAACUGUAGAUGAUUUUGAUUCGGCUUCUGGGUCUGAAUCAUCUGAGAAUGCAGAGGGAGAUGCAGAAGAAGAUACAGUAGCUGUGCAUAAUAUUUGUGUGGAGUGUGAGGAUGAAGAGGAUUUUUUAAACGAGAUUUCCACAAAAGACACCAGGGAGAAGACUUAUCAAGAUCAGCAUGACACUACGUCAGAUACAGACGAUUACUCACCGAUUUCCUCUAGCUCUGGCUCUAGAACAAAUGCAAACAGCGGAAGUGAAGAGAAUGAAAGUAAAGCGAAACUCUGUGAUGCUGUAGAGAUUCCAAACUUCUUUCUCCCAUCGCAUCACUUGGAGGCAUCCAUGAGAGUACUGCGCUUAGCUCCUGUUUUCCCCUCGACUUCCACUGAUCCUGGUUCUGGAAAAUCUGAGUCUACAUAUAACAGAUCGACUCGGCCCAAGCCCAGUGUUCCUCCACCAUCAGCAAAGAGAGAAGAAACAAAACGAAUUGCAAAAAUCUUUGCUUCACAUUUUACACAGUGAAAUGAACAGUUUUUUAGGUUUCGUUGAUGUAUUACUUCAGGCAUUUGUAUAAUAUAUGGAUUCUUUAAAUGAUCUUAAUUAUGUAAAUGAGAUAUUGAAUAAUGUGGGGAACAAAGAUAUAUUUUGCUUGUAAUAGUAUUUAUUUUUAUCUGAAUAAAGACAGUUCUUUUUCAAUUCAA